AUGUCAGUUACUUCAACAACUUCAGACCCAAAACGUCCCAACUCAAUUGUUCCGUACCAUCCUGCUAUAAAAACACUUGAUGAAAUUGACCCCGAUCUUUUUGGAACAUUUUCAUUAAUAUUGAGUGAGUCUGGUUUAAUCGCAAAGAUAAAAUGGGCAACUUGGUUAGCGUUGAUAUUUGCAGUCGUUUCUAUAACUAAUGAGAAAGCUUCCGAUCAGGAUCCAAAUAACGGACGCACUUCUGCUUUAACUAGUCUUCUAUUUGCUUCGUCUGGAUUGGUGAUUAAUUACAUGUACCUUUUUAUGGGAAUUCCAGGUCCUUUAAAUAAACCAUGA